UCAUACGUAUGAUAUUGUAUUGCGUUUCCAGAAAUUCAAGUGUUGCCUGUAGGCAUCAUAUGGAUUGGUUUAUUUCGCGAACGGUACCGGGAAUUGUGUUGUGUACUCGUCAUGAAGCGACGUUUGAAAUAUUACAAAUCUGUUGAGCAUCUCUCUGAUGAUUUUUAAUCCUUACAGAAAUAAAGAUCAUUUAUUCGGUAUGGUUCCAGGAGAAAAUACUGACUUUCUAGUUGUUGAGGGUAUGUGUGCCACAGCCACAGCAGCUGCUGAUGAACCCAGAGCAUUAUGUAUUAUCCGGGACUUGUCAGAUGGCCAGUUGCACAGUAAAAAAUCUGUGAUUAAUUUACCUGCUUCAACAACAGCGGCACAGUUGAUGCAGGAAGUUAGUAGAAAAUUCAAAUAUCAUCCAGACACUUUUGAACUUGUGUUACAAAGGAUAUGUGAUAAAGAAACGGUCCAUAUACAUGAGCACGGUGAAGAAACUUUAGAAGAAAUGGGUUUUCGAUGUGGUGAAAAUGCAAGGAAUCACAUCAUCAUUGGCAACAGAAAUUUUACACCCCCAAAAACACUUGAUGUCACAGAUGCUGAUGGUCUUGCUGAUGACACAUCUAUUCUUGAUAACAUGAAAGGAAAGUUAACUCUUGACAGUGGUGAUAGACCCUGUACCUAUGUGCCACCACCAGCUCCACCUCCAUACACACCAGGAACUUCUGAAUUCUCAUACAAUUAUAGCUACAGCAAUGCUCUUACACGCCAAGAUACAGGUUUUGUUGGUUUAGUAAACCAAGCAAUGACUUGUUACCUAAACAGUCUUCUUCAGACUCUUUUUAUGACUCCAGAAUUUAGAAACACUUUAUACAGAUGGGAGUUUGAUGGAACGGAAGAAGAAGGUACUAAAAGUAUCCCAUUUCAGCUUCAAAAACUGUUUCUGCAGUUGCAGACGAGUAAAAAGCCUGCUGUGGGAACCACAGAGCUAACUACGAGUUUUGGCUGGGAUAGCAGUGAAGCAUGGCAACAGCACGAUGUUCAAGAGCUAUGUCGAGUCAUGUUUGAUGCAUUAGAGCAAAAAUUUAAAAACACACAACAAGCUGACCUCAUUAGCAGAUUGUAUGAAGGGAAACUGAAAGACUACGUAAAAUGUCUCGAAUGUGGUUAUGAAAGUGCCAGAGAAGAUACUUUCCUUGAUGUUCCUCUUGUUGUUCGGCCAUUUGGUUCUAGUCAAGCAUAUGCCAGUGUGGGAGAAGCAUUGCACGCAUUUGUUACGCCAGAAAUUCUCCAGGGUUCCAAUCAGUAUUUUUGUGAACACUGCAAUAAAAAAUGCGAUGCUCAUAAAGGAUUGAAAUUUAUUAAAUUUCCUUAUUUGCUGACAUUACAGUUGAAGAGGUUUGAUUUUGAUCCUGUUACAAUGCAUCGCAUAAAAUUAAAUGACAGGGUAUCUUUUCCUGAAAUCUUAAAUCUGAAUGAUUUCAUCAAGUCAGAUAAUAGCAUGGAGACAUGUGAUGAUGGUGAUACUACUGAUAGUGGAUCUGCCUUAGAUGAAGAAGGCAUUUGUUAUGCAAGUGGUUGUAAAACAGGUUGUUCUCUGUCUCCAGAGGCAUUUAGUGACAAUGAUUUAGCUGAUGAUGAUGAGGGCAUUGAUGUAGGACCUCAUGGACCAUCUAUGGAGAGCAGCCAUGAGCUGUGUGUCAAUGAAAGAAAUUUAAAGAAGUCUAUGGAAAAGGGUCCAUAUGUAUAUGAAUUAUUUUCCAUCAUGGUUCAUUCUGGAAGUGCAAAUGGUGGUCAUUAUUACGCAUACAUUAAGUCUUUCAAGCAUGGAGAGUGGUUGUGUUUUAAUGAUGCUCAAGUGACAAGGAUAACCUAUGAUGAUAUUCAAAAAACAUAUGGUGGUGGUCCAACAAGAGGUUAUUACUCUAGUUCCUAUUCAAGUUCUACAAAUGCAUACAUGUUGAUGUAUCGUCAGAUUGAUAAAGAAAAAAAUGCUGGAUGUAUGUCUCUUGAAGAAUUUCCUGAACACAUUAAAGACUUACUACAAUGCAUGCAGGAGCAAGAGGAAAGAGAAAGGUUACAACGGGAAUUGGAUCGUUCAAUGUGCAAAAUUAAACUGUUUUGUCAACAUCCUAUUCAUAUUCAUCAACAUCCGAUAAUGGUAGAAAGAAAGCUGAAAAUACAUAAAGAUUGCACUCUUGCUGAAGCUACGGCUACAGCUCAUACUAUAAUGGGCUUAGAAGGAAUAGUUCCUCUGGAGUGUUGCAGGUUAGUAAAGUACGAUGACUUCCAUGAUUCUCUUGAGAGUUCAUUUGAUGCCAAUAGUGAAGAAACUAUAGGAGAACUCCUUGGUGGAGUUAAAUCAAGUUACAAAUUUGACUUAUUACUAGAAAUUCGGAAACCGCAAGAACAAUUCCAAGAGUAUAAACCUGGAGGAACUACGGUCAAAGUUCAUGUAGUCGAUCUUGAACGAGAAGAAGUUGCUUCUCAUCCAGUCACAAUUAGAAGUCAUCCAUCCAACACAGUGGAUGAACUGAGGUCCCAGAUUGCCCAGUCUCUUGGAGUUGAUGGUAGCAAAAUGAGAAUCGUUCUGGAAGCAUAUAGUAAUGAAACUAAAAUUUUAGAUGUUCCAUUAAGGACUUUGAGUAGUGAAGGUUUCAGGAAGAGCAACAAGGUUUUUGUUGAAUUUAAAGAUGCUGAAGAUGCUGCAAAGCCUUACAGUCAAUCAAAACUUUUCAGAAUUUUAGAUUGCUAUGCUCAUACCAUCUGCAUACAUGUAGCCCUUCCUAAAGUAGAUAAAGCAAUUUUAGAUCGUUUACGUCUCCAUAACUGUGAUGAAGAUGGAGGGAAAUAUGACUCCAGCAGUGAAGAAGAAACAGAAGAAAAUGACUCCACUGAUACUGGAGUGGGAUUGGAGAAAUCAUCUACUAUCAGUGUAUCUUCCAAAAUGUGCUCCGUCCUUGAUUCCAAUUGGGUUGAAGGGUCUAAAGUCCUAGCCUCAUCAAAUGCUGAAUUCACAAAGAAGAACCACAUCACAAUCACUCCUGAUGACCCGUCCCAAGAUUACGAUGAAGGCUUAGGUGACAGCGAAAUAGGUGACACAGCAUCCACCAAUGGCUGCCACAGUAACCAAGCUAUUCAUAGUGAUCAAUCUGAAGACAGCAGCUUGACGGACAGUGAAAGGACACUGGUCGGUGAUGAGUUAUCCCCUCGAAAUAACUCUCCCGAUAUAAUGGGAACCGAGAUGGAACAAGAUCUCGAACCCCUUCAUUCUAGUUCUGAAGUGUCAAAACCUGAAUGUGACAGUAUGUUAAUGAACACAGAUACUAAUUGCCCUAUUCAUGGACAAGAUGAUACACGCAAUAUGUCCUCACCUGAAGAGAACACCAAAGACUCAAAAUGUAAUAACUCUGAGUGUUGUAAAAAUUUGUGUACAUGUUCAAAUCAAACUGUGUUGCCUGAAAUUACACCUAAAAGGUACUUCAGGGCAUAUAAUUACACAGAUUAUGAAACAGGAGAAAGAAUGCUCAGGGUGUAUGUUGACAAACGAAUAACCUUGGGAGAGGUGAAAAAAGAACUUGAACCUCAUAUUGGUGUCGGAGCUGAUUGUUUCAAGAUUUAUCGAGUUUAUUCAAAUAAUCAAGAAUUUGAAUACACAAGGCUAACUGAUAACCUUAUGUCAUAUGGUGAUGACAGCAGGUUGACAGUGAAACUUGGAAGGGCUCUUCGUAAAGGGGAGUACAAAGUGAAGAUAUACCAGCUGUGUGUAAAUGAGCCAGAACCUUUUAAAUAUCUAAUUGACUGGGUUCUGAUGAAAGGGAUGACUGUCUUGAAAGCCAAGAAAGAAAUUCUUCCAGAAAUUAAAGAAAGAUGUGGUCUAAAUAUUCCUUUAAAUAGGUGUCGUUUACGUAAGAAAAGUUGGAAAAAUCCAGGUUCUGUAUACCUCGACCACCAGCGAUUUGAGAAAGACAUUCCUAUCAAUACAAAUUGGGAAUUGUUUUUAGAAGUUCUACCAGAUGCUGAACCAGUAAUGUCUCCAAAGCAAAUAGCUUUGUUUACAAGAAUGUGGCACCCUAGUACAUAUCAGUUAGAUCCUUUUAAAGAAAUUGUGCUAGAUGAUGGUAAAGUAGACACACUGAAGAAAAAGCUAUCUGAAAUCAGUGGUGUUCCUGAAGAAUUUGUAGAAUUUGCAAAGGGUCAAGGCACCUUCCCUUGUGAAACAUCUUUAUUAUCAAUUCAUAAGGAGCUAGAAUGGCAGACACAGACUCCUUCUUUGAAUUGGCCCUUGUGCCAAAGUGAUGAUGGACAUGUUAUUUAUUACAGGGAUAAACGAGAAGAGCUAAAAAAGUUAUCAGAAGAAGAAAAGAGGGAAAUCACAAACAAAGAAAAUGCUCGGUCUAACAAAAAUCUCAAAACUAACUAUUCUCCCAGGAAGGAGAAGGCGUUAAAAAUAUACACUCUUGACAGUGCGCCCAGUAGUUCUGUGACUCGAAAUGCUACAAAUCAUAAUUCUGCAAUCAACACAUCUCAAGGUUCACAGCAUAUAGUACCAGAUUUGGACUAAUAUGCUAGUAAACUGCAGGUGAUUUCAGGAUGCUACUCAUGUAAUCAUCUCACAAGAAAAUAAAAGAACCAUGUCCUAUUCAUUGUGGCAAUAUUUAUUUUUAUGUUCUGCCACAAAUUUUUCAUCUUAGUUUAUUGCUUGCCUUUUUAUGAAAUAUGAAGUUUCUUAUGUCAGCAUGAAGUAAUAUUCAAUAAUUGUACUGGCCUCUGGCCUUUUUUUUUUUUUUUUUAAAUAAAUGUCCAUUUUUUUCCUCACUGUUUUCUUUUCUUUUUAUUUACAAUAAGCGUUAAAGAAAACAUUGUGAUUUUUAAGUGUGUGUAAUUAUAAUUUGCUUGUAUUGACAUAUUUAAAAAAAUUAUGUAUGAUUACUAAUAUAUUUAUUAAAAAUGCUGUGCAGCAAAUGCACUACAUUAUCUUUCUGUAAAUAUUGUUCUAUUUUAAAAACGUGAGAUUGGGCUUGAGACACUGAUUACCUUAGCAGAUUAAAAAAAAAAAGUAUUUCUGAAUGUAUUGCAAAAAUUCUUUUGACAAUCUAUGUAUUACAAAAAGAUAAAUUGUUUUGGCAUUUUUAUGUACCAUUCAGUCCUAGUAGUGUGCUGAAAAAUUUUUUUUAGUUAGACUUUCUGCUGUUUUGUUCAGAAUGUUAAUAAUAUUUAAUGGGGGGAGGGACUCUGUUUUUUGAAAUCUCUACCCAGAAGUGAUUUGUAGAAAUUCAUGCCACUUUUCUGAUUUUUCUUCUUCCUGAACCAAAUUUAAGUUGCAAUAUAUAGAGAGAGAAUGCUUUAUAUUUCUAAUAAUAAUAGCAAUUUCAUUAUUUGUAAUUUUAACCUUUUACUUAAUCUAAUAUGGCAAAAGUUAAUUAGUUUUAAUUGCUUGGUACUGCGUAAAUUUUGUCAGCUGUGUUGCUAAAUUUUUCUCUUAAAGAUUAUUCAGUUCUUGUUAUGCUUAAUUUAUUUAAAAUCUUAUUUAAAAUAAAAAAUAUUUUUGCUUUUGAAGUACAAAUGCUUAAAUCUGUCUUUUUGUGAACAGUAAUUUCUUUUGAAUAUGUUGUUAAAUCUUGUUAUCCAAUAUGUGUUUGAAUUAUAAAUCAUGUUAUUGUUCAGAAUAUCCUUCUUUGUAAUUUUAGAAAUGUGUUGGUUUUUGUAGCUGGCUCUACUAAAACUCUUAUUAUGUUUCAUAUUUUAAAGUUAGUUAUUUCCUGAUUUUCUUAUUUAGAUUAUAUUAAAAUCUCUUCAGUUUAAGGAAAAAUAUUCAUCAGUAGGUAAUGAGACAUUAUUCAUUCUGCUAUCUUUAUGUAUAUUAAAGCGCACACGUACAUACAAUUAGCUUUUGUUAAAAAAUAAGUUAAAAUUUUGUUUUAAUAAAGAUAGCUUUAAAAAAUUAGAAACAAAGUAUCAGUUGCUUUUGAAAGUUCUGUGAUCAGAUAUGUCUAGCAUUGUCAGGGGGAAUUCUAUAUUGUAUUUUCACUUGAUUCACUUGCACAUAAUUCUUCAUUCAUUUCUCUAAAAUUAGGAAAGAUCUGCAUUAGGAUCAUAUUUACCUAUCUGCAAGUUUUUAAUAUUAUGGAAAUGGGGGCAAAAGUAUUUUAAAUAGAAUUUGCAGUAUUCCCCCCCCCACCUAUUUUGGGGCAGAAAAACAUAUAGAAUAGUACAUUUUACCAUGAAAUUUAACUACGUUGCAGGACCAAUUUGAAUCAUAAUUUAGAAUUACUCUUCUGAGAUUAAUAUUGGAAAAUUAUUAAUCAUUUAAAUAAUAAUAAAUUUACACAUAUAUCCAAAUUAAAAAAUAAUCAGUUUUAUUUCAUUUGAAUGAAAAGUAUCCCAGUAUGAAUUUUAUGCAUUAUGAAGUUUAACUGAAUGUAUGUGUGUACAAAAAUUGAUUACUGUUUUAAAAUAAUUUUAGUACCUGUUAAGUAUUCUUAUUCAAACUUUCAUUAAUAGAAAAUAAUUAUUUAACAGAAAAGGGAAUUAAUAGAAUUUUCUAAUUUGUCUGAGACUGGUUAUUGAGCAGUUUAAAAAAAAUUUCUCUCAAGUAGAAUUUUUUUGUGGGAGAAAAAAUAUUUUUAAGAGAAUGUUCUGUGUACAAUUCUCAUCAUUUUUACAUACUGUACUUACACUGAAAUUGCUGUGAUGUAGGAUCCAUAGGCGCAUGAAAUUGAUGCUCACUGUUUGUUAUUUACUCUUCCAUAAGUAAUGUACUUCAAUGGAAGUAACCUUGAGCUACAAUUGUUUUCAAUAUGAUGUCUGAACUAAAUUUGCUAUCUUGUUCUUUAUAUAUACUGAAGGUUUAUGUCUUGCCCAUGUCAUCUGUUAAAAUGCCUCAAAUAUGUAUUUCCUACAUCAUGCAUAAUAAAUUUUUAAAUAUAAGUAUGA